AUGGAUAAUAAUCAAAUCGAACAGCUUAUCACCUUUACAGGUGAAAAUUUCUAUCAACAUAUUCAAGAACAUUAUGGUAAAAAUAUUGAAAAAAUUUUAAGAUUUCAUGAUAUUGAUAAUUAUUCGAUAUUGAACAAAGUUAAUAAGAACGAAUUAUUGGAAAUAUUUGAAAAACCAAAUGAUGAAUAUUCAACUUUUGAAUUGAUUAAUUUAAAAAAAGAAGUUUGUAAUACAUUUGAAGGAAUAAUAUCAUUAAAAAUUGGAACUAAAAACAAAAUGAUCUUGUUAUUAAAAUCAGCCAGUGAUAUUAUCAAAAGAAAAUCUCAAUUAGCAGCUCAUGCAAGAUUAAGUCAAAUGGAUAAAUAUCGAUCAUCAUCAUCAUCAUCAUCAGGCAAUACCAGUUCAAGUGACAAUGAAAUCAAUAUUAAUAAAUACCAUCGAUUGAUACAAACAUCUAUUGCAAAAUUAUUGGUAAAGAUGAAGAACCAUAUCCAUGGUAAUACACUUGUAAAUGUAUUAGCAAAUGAUUUUGAAGUUAUUAUUGAAAAUAUGAAUGAUCAACCAGUACCAACGUGUCUUGUUCAAUGUAUUUGUGGUGAUCGUGUCAAAUUAUAUUUUAAUCACAGCCGGUUUCAGCUAUCAAAUUUAAUCAAACAUUUAAAAAUUAUAAAUAAUCGAUCAACAUCGAUAAUGAAUAAUAAGACUCAUGAAAUUGAUAAUCCAGUAGAUUCCGACGAAAUAAAUUCAAACGAACAACCUGCGAGUGAUGAAGAUAAUCCUUCUAUCACUCCAAGUGUUUUCAAUAAACAUGUGAAUAUCGACAGUCAAAAUACUAAUACCUUAGCUUCGUUAGCAUCAAUUAAAAAGUCUUACAGUCAAAAAGAAAAAUCUGGUAAUGAUAAUAAUACUGAUCAAGAUGAUAAUUUGCCAGCCAAAACAACAAUAAAUCGCAAAAAUGGGCAACAAGUAUCUCAUAUAUUGGCAACAGAUGGUUAUAUACAAAGUUCUAUUUCAAUCGUUUCAUCGUCAAAACCAAAACAACGACUCGUAAGCAAAGAACGUGAACAAACAGUAAAGUUAUUAUCAUAUGAUCAACAUCCGAAACUUGACAAGAAUCACAAUACUGGUUUAAAUAAUUCUUCACAGUCCAAAAAACGUAAAUUGAAUGACAAUGAAAAACGAAUUCAAAUUUACUCAUCAGUCAAACAUCAAAAAAGGAGAUCAGAACAAGAAGUAAAUUGUUCGGCUAUAAUUCCUCGAGUUGAAUAUGACUCAAGAUUCGAUGCAUUCAAUGGAUUUGUAACACCAAUUAUAGAUGGAACACCACUUGAAAAUGCAUUUAAGUUUACCACCUUCAAUGAUCUUGAAACCGCAAUUGAAACCGUACCACGUGCCAAUGUAGUUAAUGUCCAUCUGGUACAGCCAAUUUCUAAUUCUAAUACUACAAAGACACCGCCCGCAACAGUAUUAUCCGCUUACGGAACGAAUAAUCGGAUUAACGCUAUGGAUGUGCUAAAACGUUGGCUCUUUAUUUAUCAAGAAUUUCAUUCAAGAGGUAUUCGUAUUUUAGGAUACUCUACAGAUGGAGAUCCAAAGUAUUUGCGCGGAAUGCGUUUGGCAUCAAAUUUUUUUCUCAAAAAAAAAACAUUAAAUAUUUUCAAUGAUAAAUUACUAUUCAAAGUUGAAAUUCCAUCGAAUUGGUCGUUUUGGUACUUUCUAGAACCUACUCAAUUAUUUGUUUUUAUUCAAGAUGGUGUGCAUUUAUGCACGAAAGUUCGUAAUCGGUUAUUGUCUAAACGAGCUAAAUUAAAAAUGGGAUUAUACGAUGUGUCAAUUAAACAUUUGUACCAUCUUAUAAAAACGACAAACAAAAUUGAUCAUAAUCUUUCAAGAUCUGAUUUAAAUGUUAGUGAUAGACAAAAUUUUACGUCGUGCAAACGAAUAUCAGAUGAUAAAGUGUUAAAUUUAUUAAUGUUGAAUGAUAAAUUUAAUGGAACUUACAAUUAUUUAUUAAUUUUAAAUUUAUUGAUUACGGCAUACACACAGUCGAAUGUUUCUUUAUCUGAUCGAAUAUUUUUUGCUUGGACUGUAGUUUUUUAUAUUAGAUUAUGGCGAAUAUGGUUACAUAUAACAAAACAAACUCGUAAAUCAUCAAUGUCAAAUGGUAAAAAACGUGGUGAACAAGAUUAUUUUAUUACACAUAAUGCGUUAUUAUCCAUUGAAUUAAACGCUCAUUAUUUGAUUUAUUUAUAUUUGCUAAUUGAACAAGAUAUUAUACCUAAAUCAACUGCUAAUGUUAUUCAUUUAUUUUCAUCACAACAGUGUGAAAAUGUAUUCCGUGAUGCCAGAUCAUUGUCGGGUAUUUAUUCUACUCGAAUUAAUUUUACAAUCAAGCAAUUUCUUCAUCAUCACUAUUUAUAUCCUCAAUAA